UCCAUGGUGAGAUGAUGUUUUGGCACAGGGCCAGCACAUCCUAGCUGCUCAGGAUAGGGCAGUGGCUGCUGCUGUUGCUACUAUUACUGUUUUGUUUAAAACAUAGCUGCCUCCACCAAAGCUGCCAUCCAGCUGAGAAGAUCAGGAGAACACACCCAAAUCAGUCAGGGAAAAUGCAAUCAGACACUGGAACUCUGGGAGAAGAGGAUCCUGGAGGGCUGGGCAGUCAAGAAGAAGUUCUCAGAGGAAGUAACCUGAUGCUGAACUUCAGAGAUGGGAGAGUGAGGCCAGCCAGAGUGGAGACGAUAAUUAUUCAGAUCAUCGCGGUGAUUUACUCGGCAAUCAGAGCCGCUCGAUGCGGUGGCCGCGGAGCCGAGACAGAUGAGCAUUGCCUAGGAGGACGGGCCGGGGGCUCAGCCCCCCUCCCUCCCACCUGCCCGGCCUUUGUUCUCUUCGAGGAUGAGUGCUUCUGCCACUUUCUCCAGGAUGACAGCCGUGGACUCCUGCCAUAUCCAACACCCCCUUGCUGCUCCCCACCGCCCUCCUUGGCACCCAGGUGGCUGAUCUCCUAUGGUCUUGCUGGCUUCUCUACCUUGUAUGCUGAGGGUAGGCCCAGCCUGCCCCAGCUCAGGGUCUGCACAUAGUAGGUGCUUGCAUGUUGCCUGCUAAACUGACAGCCCUGUAACCAUGUCAGCACAAAGCAACCAGCAUUUUGGGUGCAUCUGCAGUUAAAAUAAACCACUGAGGUCAUGGGUCUGUUCUCUCUGCAAAAACAAAAAUACCCCACUAGCCAUAUCUGAUGAGAACCAUAGCAAAAGAUCAGAAUGCAGUGGCUUCAUCCAGAAGCAAAGCAUCAGGCUCCAAACCAUGUCCCCGACCUGAAGGGGCACCUGCCCAGGCCCAGGGGCACCAACUCCUAGAGGCAGCUGGCAUGUGACUACUGUGCCCAGUAGAGAAAGGCAGACACUCAGUCCCCAGAGCCCAGAGCCCCGAGGAAAUUAUGGAACAUCCUCCAUAUUUGAUUCAAAAUAAAAACCACAGUAAACCAUAGACCCAAAACUUAUACGUCGGCUGAAAUUAAAAUAGCUUCUUGCUACGUUUUCUGGUUUCAGUAUUCUGGAUAAACUCAUGGAAGCUG